AUGCUCAAACAACACAGUGAGCUAAGCAUGUUCGUGCAUCGCACCAUCAAAAACAACGAGGAAGCCAGAAUCAAACCGAGCAAAACUUACCAAUCAUUCGUAGCAGUAGCAGGCAGUCAUUGGGAACAAAGUUUUAUAGAAAAAGACGUGAGGAAUUACAUCACAAAGGAAGUACGAAAUGUGUCUGAACAAGACAAUGCCAAAGAAUUUGGUAAGUACCUAUUAAGAAUGAAAGAAAAGAAUCAAAAUUUCUUUUUUGAGCUCAACCUCGAAGGCGAUCACUCCAUCAAAAAUGCAUUCUGGCCCGAAGCAAGAAGCAGGGCUGCAUGCGAGUACAAUCUGGUUUUUGGUUCUUUUGUGGGAGUGAAUCACCACGAUCAGCCGACACUUCUUGGAUGUGAUCUGAUAAAAAACAAGGACAUCCAAUCAUUCAAAUGGCUAUUUGAGUGUUGGCUCCGUUGCAUAGGAGGGAAGGCACCAAAAGGCAUUCUCACUGACCAAUGCGCAUCGAUGCAAAAGGCCAUCGAGAUGUGCAUGCCAACAAUAAUUCACCGGUGGUGCAUCUGGCACAUCAUGAAGAAAAUCCCAAGCAAACUAAACGGCUACAAGCGAUACGAAGAAAUUAAACAAGAGAUGAGCCACAUCGUUUGGAACUCGUUUACAAAAGACGCACUCGACAGAAACUGGAACGAUUUUGUCACAAAGUUUGGCGUCGGAGGCAAUAAAUGGCGCUCAGAUUGCCAUUUAUGGAUUCCAGUUUACCUGGAUCACCACUUUUGGGUCGGGAUGAGAAGCACACAAAGGAGCGAGAGCAGGCACGUAUUUUUCAACAAGUUCAUCACAUGGAACAACUCCUUGAUUCAAUUUGUGAAGCAAUACGAUAAUUGCCUAGCAAGCAGAGAGCAAAAAGAGAAAGAAUUUGAUGCUGCAUAUUUUCACACCAUGAUACCGUGCGCAACAAAACCAGUAAUAGAGGACCAAUUUCAGCACGUGUAUACCCACGAGAAGUUCAGGGAAGUUCAAGGACAAUUCAGAGGAAAGUCGCGUAAUAUUUGCGAAUUUGCGUCAGAAUCCGGGGAACUGACCGGAAUUCUUCACCAAGAUUUUGACAAUGUCAUAGCCGAGAUACAAGAGUAUCAAGCGAAAAGCAAAGGAAAAAGUUUGUUAUCUCACGAAGAGGCGACAUUGAGCGAUGUGAACGACCUCCAAAGCCCGCCACGUGUGAGAACAAGAGGCCGCCCCAAGAACAGACUAGGAUCCAACUUGGAAAAAAAUAUCUCAAACGCCUCAAAGAAAAAGAAAAAGCCAGCUCCAAGCGAGUUGAACCUUUUAGAUGGUGGAUCAACGAUUCAGUCAAGCUCCAGCCUUUACAAUGCACAGGAUAUGAAUUAUCCCGAAGAGGAUUACAGGAGUUUUAGUUUUUAUUAA